AUGGGAAGGACGAAGCCCGCCAAUAAGCUGUUGUCCAGAGGCCGCCCUCCCACUAUCAAAAAAGCAAAGUCCAUAUCUCGCAAAGAGACCAGAACGCUUAUCAACACUCAUCACACCUUGCAGAAGAAGCGCCAGCAAGCACUGGCUCGGAAUGAUGAGAGGGAGGCAGCAGCGGUUGCAGCCGAAAUUUCUGCCCUCGGCGGGCUCGAGGAAUACCAGCGAGCCAGUCUCCAAGGCCAACGAGUAGAUCGCGGCGGAGACAGCUCGAGAGUCCUCCUGGACUGGCUACGAUCAGCCGAUUUGCAGCCAUUGAAGUCCAAGGACACUCGAAGUGAGGGGAAGAGCGAGGGCGGGGCGCAUCGCCGAUUGCGAAUGCUCGAAGUGGGCGCUCUCAGUACUGAUAACGCUUGCUCCAAGAGCGGCGUCUUCGAAAUGACUCUCAUCGACCUCAAUAGCCAACGGGCGGGCAUCCUGCAGCAGGAUUUCAUGGAGCGACCGCUACCAAUGGACGACUCGGAUCGAUUUGACAUCAUCUCACUCAGCUUGGUUGUCAACUACGUUCCUGACCACUCACUACGUGGUGAGAUGCUUCUCCGCACGCUUUCAUUUCUCCGCCAGCCUGGAGACGAUCUAUCGGAUGCUACUCGCGCCCUGUUUCCCUCACUAUUCUUGGUCCUCCCUCGGAGCUGUGUCGAUAACUCACGCUAUUUCUCUCAGGAUCGGUUGGUUGAGAUCAUGACGGCCUUGGGAUACGUCCAACUUGAGGGAAAGGCCACCAACAAGCUGGUGUAUUCACUCUGGAAGAGGGCAAAUGCUUCAAGCGAACCGUUGCCCUUGUUUGCCAAGCAGGAGCUCAACCCGGGCAUGAAUCGUAACAACUUCACAAUCACACUGAAGGGUUCAUGA